CUUACUCAUUGCUCCGUCCCAUAAUAUAAUUUCUCCCUAUUCCGCACUACUACCGACUCACAGCCAAUUAUUCAAAUUCGCGGAAGAACCUGUUACAUUUAAGUGACGAAAAAGUCUUGGGGGGGAAAAACGAAAGACAAGAAGUCGGAGGGAGCAGGACAUUAUUGCUCGCACAUCCCGACCGUCCACCUACGGCGGUGAGCCUAUUCGUCACUGUCGGUUAUCACCCCUUUAUCCCAAACCUGUGGACGAAUUUUGGUCUCUGUCUAGGCUACCGGCCGCCUAGGCUCUCCUAAGGGACCUCGAGAGUCUAGAGAAUGGCUGAUUAUCAGUACGAUCAACGGCGAUACGGCCCAUCUUCCAACAACCAACGAGAUGCCGCUUUCUCCAACAUUUUCGGCUCUGCUCCCCCUCCCGGUCGGACUGCCACCAUGACCUCGACGUCGUCGCCUAUGGCAGCCCCGCAGCAAGAAGGAAGAACCCAAACUAUGUCGUCCAUGUCUAGCGUGUCCGGCCUACAACCUGAUAUGCAGCGACGACCCCCUCCGCGACCCCAGCGAACGGGAGGCUACGAAGAAGCGAUCGCCCCCCGAACUAGAACAAUGGACACGAGUAUGGCCAACGGUUAUUAUCAGAAUCAGAGGAACCCAUCAGGAGGCUACCCUCCUCAGGGACAAAACCAGUAUGGGAGGGCGCCACCUCCUGGUCCGAACCAAAGACCAUAUCCUGGUCCGCCGCCCCAAGGCCCUCCUCGUUUUGAUACAAGAGGGCCGGCUCCGUCAGGCUACCCUCCACGAAAUCCCGCUCCUAGGCAGCACCAAGGCGGACCUGGACCUGGAUCCGGACCCGGGCCUGCUACUCGUGACGACCCUUAUCGUUCUCAGUCCCUCGCUAGCGUACCGCGGCAACCGAUAUACCAACCGCCACCUGGUGCGUAUCAAUCGCAUCAAAAUAAUUUCAGACAUCCUGCCCCAGCCGCUCCCAUGUCAUCCAGGACAACUGCGCAGGGACGAGUAGUUCCCGAGCGUCACGACGAUCGAUCUAUGUCAAUGACUGGGUACCCCCCAGAACGCGAUGCCCACCAGAUGAUGAGCGGCCGGGUGAUUCCUAAUCGUAUGCGAGCUCCCUCGAAUGAGAUGCCUACAAUGAAUGGAAACGGAGCUGGAUACCCUGGGUAUGGUGGUUAUGCUGCUGCGCCAGGAACCGCCACAAGGACGAUGAGCAUGGCAUCAUCGACUGUUGCCAGCGACCACAGUCGCACGAUGUCAAUGGCUAGUACCAUUGUCCCCGAAAAUUCUGAGCAAGCCCGUCAGCAGCUAGUCCACCGGCCUUCCAUAUCUUCGAAAUCCAUUGAGGGCGAACGACCUCCUACCGCUAAGAUUCGGCCACCUCUAGUUUACCCUGCCCUCCUCUCACGUGUCGCCGAAUGUUUCCGGCAAAAGAUUAUCACUGGCGAGCGGACGAAGAACGAACUGACAUACAAGAAUGCUUUCAGCGGCUCUGAAGCCGUUGACGUUCUGUCGUACAUCAUUAGAACCACAGACAGAAACCUUGCUUUACUCCUAGGCCGAGCUCUAGAUGCGCAGAAAUUCUUCCACGAUGUCACCUACGAACACCGAUUGCGAGACUCGUCUUCCGAGAUGUACCAGUUCAGGGAAACGCUUAUGGACGAACCGGAGGAAAAGCAUCCAGUCAAUGGUGUAUUUGUCCUGCUGUCGGAAUGUUACUCUCCAACAUGCACAAGGGAUCAACUCUGCUAUUCAAUCGCAUGCCCCCGAAGAUUGGAACAGGUUUCUCGGCUGAACCUCAAGCCACAGGUGGGCUUGAAGAAGGACCAGGAUGCUGUUAUUAACGACGAUGCGGAUCAGACCGACGAGCAGAAGCUCUGGAUCAAUACCGUCCCCAAAGAAAUUGCCGAGAGUGUUGGCGACAAGGAAAAGAAGAGACAAGAAGUCAUUUCCGAAAUAUGCUACACGGAGAGAGACUUCGUCAAAGAUCUUGAAUAUCUACGAGAUUUCUGGAUAUUGCCGCUACGGUCAAAGGCCUCGCCCAUCCCGGCCGCACGGCGAGAGGCUGUUGUGCAAAACAUCUUCAGCAAUGUCAUUGACCAUCCGAGCAUCCACUCGGUUAGUUCUAGGUUUGCCAAGGCGUUAACGGAUAGACAGCAAAAGCAUCCCGUGGUUAAGAAUCUCGGUGAUAUUUUCUUAGAAAUAGUUCCUCAGUUCGAGCCAUUCAUAUUGUACGGCUCUAAGCAACUAGAAGCUAAAUUCGAAUUCGAGAAUGAGCGAUCAAACAACGUUCAGUUCGCUAAAUUCGUUGAGGAGAUUGAAAGAAGAAAAGAGUCAAGGAAACUGGAACUGAACGGUUACUUGACUAAGCCCACAACAAGAUUAGCGCGUUACCCGUUGCUUCUCGAAAACGUGUUAAAAUACACAGAAGAAGGGAACCCUGAUAGGGAGGAUAUCCCCAAGGUUCUAGUCACGAUUCGAGACUUACUGAGCCGGGUCAACGCCGAGUCCGGCAAGGCUGAGAACCGCUUCAAUCUACGUCGCCUGCACGAACAGUUGAAGUUCCGUCCGGCUGACCGAGUUGACCUCAAGCUGACAGAAGAAAACCGUGAACUGGUUUUCAAGACUCAGUUCAAGAAGUCGCCUACGGAUCCUACAGACAUUACGGCUUUCCUAUUCGAUCACGCUGUUCUUCUCGUGCGAAUCAAGCAAGCGGGUAAGGGAGAAGAAGUGAAAGCUUAUAGGCGGCCAAUUCCGUUGGAGCUACUCUCGAUCAAAGAAAUGGACGAGGUCAUCCCUCAGGCAGGAGUGAAGCGAGCAUCGUCGAAUUUGCCUUUCCGUAAUAAGGCCGAAGUUGGAGGCAAAGUAGAAGGGUGGCCCAUUACUUUCCGGCAUCUGGGCAAAAAUUACUACGAGCAAGUUUUGUACGCAUCGAACCAGACAGCCCGGAAAAAGUGGCUUGAAUUCAUCGACUCGGCUCAGCAACGCCUUCGCGCAAGAGCGGAUUUCUUCAACGUCAACACCCUUUCUUCCAAUUUCUUUCAAGCUGGUAAUCUGGUUAACACGGUUACGCCUUUCGAUGGUGGCCGUAAAUUAAUAAUCGGUACUGAUCAUGGCAUCUACAUUGCAGAUCGAAAGGUUAAGGACCAAGUGCCCAAGCGCGUCAUCGAAGCACAACAUGUGACCCAGAUCGAUGUGUUGGAAGAAUACAAUCUUUUGCUCGUGCUAUCGAAUAAGACACUUACAUCGUACUCCCUUGCGGCUCUAGAUCCUAACGAGCCAGCAUUAGCGAAGAGGCCCAAGAAAAUUCAAAGCAACUGCAAUUUCUUCAAGACGGGUAUCUGUCUUGGUAGGCAUCUAGUCUGUUGUGUUAAGUCUAGUGCACUCUCAACGACGAUUAAGGUGUACGAACCCAACGACCCCAUGAGCAAGGGCAAGAAACAGAAAGGGUUUGGGAAGAUGUUCAACGCGGGCCAGGACGAGUUGAAGGCAUUCAAAGAGUUCUACAUUCCUACCGAAUCGUCCUCCGUCCACUUCCUCAAGAGUAAGCUUUGCGUGGCAUGCGCUAGAGGCUUCGAAGUUGUUUCUCUUGAAACACUCGAGACGCAGUCCUUACUGGAUCAAGCCGACACCUCGCUCGACUUCGUUGCGAGAAAAGAAGGCGUCAGACCAAUCCAUAUCGAACGACUUAAUGGGGAAUUUCUUCUCAACUAUUCCGAAUUCUCAUUCUUCGUCAAUAGGAAUGGCUGGCGGGCAAGACCGGAAUGGAAAAUCGACUGGGAAGGGACGCCGCAAGCAUUUGCGCUCUCUUAUCCGUGGAUUUUGGCAUUCGAACCGAACUUCAUCGAGCUUAGGAACAUCGAAAGCGGCGCGGUUCAUAUUGUUCCGCAUAAGAACAUUCGAAUGUUGCAUAGCAGUACGCAUGAGAUUCUAUUUGCAUACGAAGAUGAGGCUGGCGGCGAUGUGGUCGCUGCACUUGACUUCUGGAAGAAUAACAGAAAGUCGGAGUUGGUCGUGUAGUGAUCUCCUUUACGCAACUUAUUUCUAAUAAUCAAGAUCUAUGACGGGCAAUUUCUUCUCGACCCUAGAUCAUAGCCAGCUU